GUGGGACCUCAUCCCCCGUCACCUGUGUCCUCCUCACCUGUGUGAUGUGGGCAAGGUGCUUGAGGGCGAUGGCCACCGGACUCUUGAAGAAAACCUUCUCCUGUGGGCGCAUCUGUUGGGCAUCAGGGCGUCAAAAGGAUGGGAAGAAGCCCUCACAGAGGAUGUGGCCGCAGUUGGUGAUGGCGAACCGGGCGCCGUCCUGGCGGAAGCAGCGACUGCAGUGGAACCAGUCCAUGGCGGCGCCGGGGCGAGGAUCCGCCUGUGGGGCCUCCACACGUGAGAGCCUGGGAGGGAAUGAGCGGGAAAGGUGAAGGGAAAAGCGGCGCAUCCGGCGGGGAAUGGGAUGACGGGACCUUCCUGUUCCCGGCCCCGCGCCCGCCUCGCGCCCGGGGGACGCCCCCGCCACGACCCCCCAGCACCCCCGAGCCCGACGGGACCCCCGGAGCCACCCCCGGACCCCUCCGGAACACCCCCGGCCCCUCCCGCGGCGCGGAGCCGCCGAGAUUUUAGGGGCUGAGUCCGGAGCAGCUGCGAGACCCCCCGAGACUCUCAAAGAACAGUCCCUGCAGGAGCCCCCAUGGAGCAGGACGAGCCAGACGUGGUGGAGCUGCAGGACUCGGAUGAGGGGGACAUGGUCCGGAGGGUCUUUAUUGCCGACGACGGCAUCGUGAGCGACGGCGAGACCGAGGUGCUGCCGCACGAGAUCAUCCGCACGGUGAUCCCACACAGCCCCCUGCGCCCCCCACCGCCCUGCGGGACCCCCGGCCCGGCCCCGGGGGGCUCCGAGGAGGGCGGGGGGCGGCGGGGCGGGGGCCGCCAGCGCCCCUUCAUCUGCAACGAGUGCGGCAAGAGCUUCAGCCACUGGUCCAAGCUGCUGCGGCACCAGCGCACGCACACGGGCGAGCGGCCCAGCACCUGCGGCGAGUGUGGCAAGAGCUUCUCGCAGAACUCGCACCUGGUGCAGCACCGCCGCACCCACACCGGGGAGAAGCCGUACAGGUGCGGCCACUGCGGCAAGAGCUUCUCCUGGAGCUCCAACCUCAUCCAGCACCAGCGCAUUCACACCGGGGAGCGCCCGUACGGCUGCGCCGAGUGCGGCAAGAGCUUCACGCAGAGCAAGAACCUCAUCAAGCACCAGCGCACCCACGCCGGGCCGGGGGGCAGCGCGGCCGCGGCGCUGCGCCCACCCCGCGGGUGCCCCGAGGGCGCUGAAGGGGCCUCGGGCGGGGGGCGAGGGCGAGGGGCCUGCGGGGGCCGAGGGCGGCCACGGGCAGGAGCCGCUGAUCUGCGUGGAGUGCGGGGAGAGCUUCGCCCGGAGCGCCGCGCUCAGGAGGCACCGCCGGGGGCACCGCCCGCUCUUUGUGCCCUGAGGGGACAAUAUGGGGACAGUGCCCGCUCUUCGUGCCCCGAGGGGACAUGGGGACCCUGUAGAGAGGGCACAGGGACAGUGGGGCACUGUCCUCGCACUGCUGGGGGCACCGCCCACUCUUUGUGCCCUGAGGGGCAGGGGACAGUGGCACCGGAACAUGGGGACAACGCAGAUGGUUGGGGCACCACCUGCUCUUCGUGCCCUGAGGGGACACUGUGGUGGGAACACAAGGACAGUUGGACAAUGCUCUGGCAGUGCCUGCUGUUGGUGACCUGCAGGGACACGGGGACAUGCAGACAGUGGGCCACCCUGGUGGGGGACGCAGGGGCUGCGUCAGAGACAGGAGACAUGGUGCCACCAUGCGAGGAGACAUGGAGUGUUUCAUGGGCAGGACGUGGUGACAGAGCUGGGGUCACCACGGUGAGGGAAUGUGGUGACACCAAGCUGGGGGGGCACCUGGACUGGGACAAGGACAGGACACAGUGACUCCAAGGGGGAGGACACACGGACAGGACAGAGUGACACAGAGCUGAUGUCCUCAAGCCCGCCCCGUGCCCUGUGUCACCCUCGGUGCCCCAGAGCUGUAAAUAGGGGAAGGGGGCAGAAUGUGACACCUGGAUGCCUGUGUGGGGGUGGGGACCCUUGGGGGGGGGGGGGGGGGGGAGCAGGGAAGGUGAAACCGGGACCCCCCCUGUGGGGUGGGGAGGGGACAUGGACGGGGCUGGGCUGUGAAUAAAGUUGUGUUUUGGGGA